UUGGAUAUCAUACGCAUGCGUAGACAGCACCAGCUGCAAACAGCAACAAUAGUCUGGAAGGUCUGCGCUAUUAUUCCAAGAUGGCGGACCUCUUAGGCUCAAUUUUAAACUCGAUGGAAAAGCCUCCCACAGUCGGCGACCAAGAAAGCCGACGAAAGGCACGAGAGCAAGCCGCAAAGCUGAAGAAGAUGGAGGAGGACGAUAAACGAAAGAAAGCAGAGUUCAGGAAAAAGAUGGAGAAAGAGGUUUCAGACUUCAUCCAAGACAGUUCCCAAAAGAAAAGAAAAUACAAUCCUAUGGGGAAGAUUGAAAGGAGCAUUUUGCACGAUGUUGCAGAAGUGGCCGGUCUGACCUCUUUCUCUUUUGGUGAAGACGAGGACAGCCGCUACGUUAUGCUUUUCAAAAAGGAGUUUGCUCCGUCAGAUGAAGAGCUCGAGGCCUAUCGCAAAGGAGAGGAGUGGGAUCCCCAGCUGGCAGAACAACGGCGCCGACUAAAAGAACAGGCCGCUCUGGAAGAAGCAGCUUCCACUCAGACAGAGAAGACGCAAGCCUGUCCCAACUCCAACUACAGAGACAAGUACAGCCACCUGAUCGGCACGUCGGCUGCUAAGGACGCGGCGCACACCCUGGAGGCCAACAGCGCGUACGGCUGCGUGCCCGUGGCCAACAAAAGGGACACUCGCUCCAUAGAGCAAGCCAUGAACGAAAUCAGAGCGAAGAAACGGCAGAAGCGCGAGGACGACACGGGGGCACGCACCAGCAGCAGCUCCUGAGCCCCCACCGGCUCUCUGCCGUUGUGUGUGUGUGUGUGUGUGUGUGAGCACACCCAUCCUAUGAUGCAAUACCCUCUACUUCAAAUAUUUAAAAGUGUAACUUAUAAGGCAGGUCUCAAAUCUUGUACAUGUGGACAAGACUGUGAUUAUUACUCCUGUUCAGCAUGCCUGGUGCAGGAGCGGGCGUCUGAUUGGUGUUCCAUUAGCCUGGGACCGUCUGUUCAUUCGUAGGAACACACACAGAAUUGGACCAUUGCAAUAUGACAAACCUGUUUUUAGAUUUCUUUUUUUUUUUAAAGGAGUUUAACUACAUAAAGCAACCGGAAACCACUAGACAUCAUUUUGAAUAAGAAAACAUUGCCAGUUCGUUACUGUUUUAAUUCAGAUGUGCAUUUUAAGCAUGUGUGUUUUAUUAAUAAAAUCUUGAUCCUUUGGCUAUGCAGGAGAACGUUUUUAAGACCUGAUUUAAAGAUGCCGUUGCUAAAAAGGGCCCACUGACAGUGUUACAGAUAUUUUUACAUGUUUGUGAGUACAGACGCUUGACCUUUUGUGUAUCCUCAGAGAGACCCCAUGUUAGAAAACAAAUGUCCAAUUUGAGUUCCUUUUUGAAACUAUGUCAUUAAGUCUGUGAUUUUUAUGUUUACUCUACAUCUGCAUUGACUUAAUUUCGUUUCACUGGCUGUUUUUCUUUUUUGUGCUCAAGGCCACAGAGUGGCUUAUAAAGAGAAUCAUGCUUUUAAUAUGGGGGCAUGAUUUCCAGACUCCACGUUCUUCCUUUGUCAUUGUCAAGCAUUCAGCUGAGCGAGGAGCUCCUCGGCAUCUCGAUGUGAGUUUUAAUAUGGCUGCACUGUUUUAUCCCUGCCCUGUGGUAAUAAACGUUAGUAUUAGGCCUCUGUCUGCAUGCGUCCCCUCAUUUCUGCAGACUGCGAGCAGAGUUGUUAGGCUCUCCUUAGUUUAUUCUGUUUAAAGGUAC